CAACGGUUGGCGGCUCAACUGCCUGGUCUUCUGGAUUGUACCAUUCUGGAAGGACACAGGAACUAAUGUAUGGAACGUCGAGGCGGUCUAAACUCCUUUGUUGUAUUGUUAGCGUUUUAUUAACCGCAAUGUCCUAAUGAAGCAUUCAGAAGGAAAGUAGUCGUUCCCAUAACAGCGGAACAUAUUCCUUUGGUAGAGUCCAUCUCGUUUCUAUGGUAACCAGCAACGCUAGACAAGGCCUCGUUCUCAUUAAAGGGAUAACCUCCGGGAUUAAACGGCUAAAUCCUUUGGAGAUGGAUUCAAUCAAUUGUCUCAGUUCUCCUAUGGCUUUGUGCAUAGAGGAUUUUACAGAACCUCCACUGGAGCAAGAGAAAAGGAGAGAGUCCAUUAAAAAAGCUGUGCAAGGUUUUCAAGCUCCUUUUCUUAUUGGCUCAAUGGAAAAAGUCAGUCAGAAAAUAACACAUUUGGAGAAGGAGAUAAAGGCUUUUGAUGCUCAUGAUUUGGUGAUAGAGUCUUCAGAGCUUCAUGGAAUGCCAUCCCUUCAUGAGCAUCAUUCAUCAAACUAUAAAGUUACUGAAUCAAGCAAAUUGAAGAAAAGUGAUCAAAUAAAAGAGCGAGAAAGAAAGGACUUGCAGAGAUUCACACAAGAAUUCCAGAUUUCUAUGAGAAAUAUGAAAUCUGCAGUGUAUCAACAAUCUCAUAGAAACCCUAAGAAAAAGGCAAGCCCAAAGCCAAAACUGGUUGAGUUGUGCCAGUUUCCAGGAUAUUUAAAUAAAGGCCCUCCACCGCUUCCCUAUGAAACAGCCUUGAGCACCAUUAUUGGCAACGUUGUGUCUAGCCACAAGAACAGAGGUGGUAUGAUUUUGCCUCCAAGGAGGCUCUGGAGGAUUCUCAACAUCCCUGUGGUCCAGGAUAUUGUGCUGGACUGCUUCUGGUGGAUCUUUCUUCACAUGUAUAAACCCGAUGGAAAGUGCCAACAACAACUGUUUGAUCGCGUGGCAGAGAAUUAUGUCCGACUUCUUGAUUUGUGUCAAAAACUACCCAAUGGGGAUCCGCUUCUCAAUAGUUUCCCGUUACCUGUAAGUCAGACCAUAUACAGUAGCUUCUGUUUCUCCUUUCCUCAGUCCUUACACCAGUUCCAGUCAGAUGACUUUAAGACACAGCUGUGUAGUGUGAUUUGGCAGUGGUUUGGAGGUAUAUGUCCACCUACUGGCAGCUAUAAUAGUUGGGACUAUGACACACUGGAGCCAAAAGAUGACAUGCCCCGAAAAAAAGAAAAGCAAAGGAAAGAUUCUUCUUUUUUUGACCUGUAUCCCUCCAAAGAACAGAUACUGGUAACUACCUGUUACAAUAUGAAGCCUAGGAAGAAUUCUAAACAAAAGUCUCAUCCAACAUUUUGUGAACCAGAAUUUACAUGCAUGGCUUUUAACCUAAAUGGGCACAGCCCUCUCAUGCAGUAUUAUCUGAAGAAAAAAAAAGUUGAGCCGCAAGCUGGAAUAAACAUCUUGGUUCGAAGGACUGAACUACAGAAUGAGUGUGAUGAUCACAAGAAGACAAGAUAAAACAAGACCAACAACUGCACAAAGACAAGACUGAGCUUGCUGAACUCUACAAGAUGUUGGAAGAAAACAUAGAUUAUAGCUAUUUAAAAUCAAUUUAAACUAGUGUUCUGUUCACACAUAUGCAGGUGUAAUGGCAUGUUUGCAUUUUUGCACAUUUACAGUGCCUUGAAAAAGUAUUCAUAAUCAUGUUACAACCAAAAACGUAAAUGUAUUUUAUUGGGAUCUUA